AUGGCCGACUAUUCAAUGGUUAAAGAUCUCACACCAUGGGAGGAGUUCAAACAGACAAUCAAAGUGAAGGUACUCAAGAGAUGGGAUACGGUUGAUUCAGAAGGCCAUGAAGGAAUGUAUUUCAUCUUGGUUGAUGAAAUGGGAUCUCGAGUUGCUGCUAUGGUUAACGACUUCAAACUCUCUUACUACAAGAGGGUUUUCCAAGAAGGUGCUUGGCUUCGACUUUCACAGUUUCGCUUGGUUAACUCCGGUUGGAAUGAAAGAACCACAAAUCAUGCUUACAAGAUCAUUCUCAAUCAGAGUUCAAAGGUGAAUUAUAUCAGACCUUUGAGCCAGGAUCUUUUCAUCAAAAUCGUUGAUUUUCCAAGUGUUUACAACCGUCCUUCUCACUACUACCCGAUCGAUGUGAUGGGUAUUUUUGAUAAGGAGAUUGGCAAUGUUGUUGAAGAUUUCAAUGAUGAGAACAGUGUUUCAACCCUACAUUUUCGUAUCAUGGAUAUAGAGGGUAACACACUGAACUGUGUCGCACAUGGUGAUUUGGCUUAUGAUAUCAAGGAAAAAUCAAACUGCGAAUUACUUAAAGGACCAUAUCCCAUAUGUGUAUUGACUGAUUGA